UAUCUAAUUUUACCCAUUCCAUUUCAACUUUUAACAAUGGCCCUUUCACUCACUCUCUUCCUCCUUCCUCUCUUCCUCUCUCCCUUCACAUCCCAAACCCUAACCACACCCAACUGCGCCGCCGUCGACCACCUCAGCUCCGGCCUCCAAAUCUUCCACAUCAACAGCCCAUGUUCCCCAUUCCGUCCCAAACAACAAAUCUCAUUUGAAGAAACCCUUUUUCAGUCCCAAUCCAAAGACCAAGCCAGACUUCAAUACCUAGUCAGCCUUGUCGCUAAAAGAUCCGUUGUUCCUAUUGCCUCCGGCCGGCAACAGGUGGUUCAGAGUCCGACUUAUGUUGUUAGAGUGAAAAUAGGGACACCCCCACAAGUGUUCUUGAUGGCGGUUGAUACUAGUAAUGAUGCUUCUUGGGUUCCCUGCGACGGAUGCGUUGGAUGUCCUUCCGCCGUAUUCUCGUCGGAAAAGUCGUCGUCUUUUAAGGUUCUUGGUUGUCAAGCUGCUCAAUGCAAACAGGUACCUAAUCCGGUGUGCAAUAUUGGUUCUUGCGGAUUCAACGUAACCUACGGUGGUUCGACAAUGGCAGCCAACUUAACACAAGACACCUUAAAACUAGCAGUUGAUGACAUUCCCGAAUAUACAUUCGGUUGCAUUCAAAAAGUGACCGGUCCAAAUCCCGUCCCACCACAAGGAAUAUUAGGUUUAGGUCGUGGUCCUUUGUCUCUUCUUUCUCAAACCCAAACCUUGUACCAAUCUACAUUCUCCUAUUGUCUACCAAGUUACAAAUCCUUAAACUUCUCCGGUUCACUCAAACUUGGACCGGUAGGUCAACCAAUAAGAAUCAAAUACACACCACUCCUAAAAAACCCUAAAAGAUCAUCUCUUUAUUACGUCAACUUAGUGGCAAUUAGGGUUGGUCGUAGAAUUGUCGAUAUUCCCAAAGCUGCUCUUGCCUUCAACCCCAACACCGGUGCUGGCACAGUGGUGGACUCCGGGACGGUUUACACAAGGCUAGCGCAACCGGCAUACGAUGCGGUUAAGAACGAGUUUCGUAGGAGGAUGAAGCCGGCGACGUUUACAUCUCUAGGAGGAUUUGAUACUUGUUAUACGGUUCCGAUCACAAUACCUACCAUCACCUUCAUGUUUCAAGGAGCAAAUGUGACGCUUCCUCAGGAUAAUUUUCUGAUCCAUAGUAGUUCGAGCAGCACAACUUGUUUGGCAAUGGCGGCUUCGCCGGAGAAUGUGAACUCGGCUUUGAACGUGAUUGCUAGUUUUCAGCAGCAAAACCAUCGUUAUGUAUUUGAUGUUAAGAACAAUCGUUUGGGUAUCUCCCGCGAAACUUGUUCUUAGUUAGAUAAUUAUCUUGAAUAAUCUUUUUUAGAAAGUAAUGAGAUUUUGGGGACAUGGGUAUUAUCUAAUGUUGUGAUUUGGGUUAAAAAUUAUGUAUGGCACUUAUAUAUUAAUUUUCUAAUUCAUAUGGUUGUGUUUG